UUCCUUGCAAAAUUAUCUGCAUCACUACCAUUGAGGAAUUUACUGGAAAGGCGCAUGCACUCAUUUGAUUAUUUAGCAUUCAGAACUCUUUACUUGGUCCUUCUUUAUGAUUACGCGUAUUUGCACAGUUUGAUUUUUCUCAUUUCCUUUACAAUUUUCCCGAUUGAGAAACCGAAAUGUGAGCUGACUGAAUGCGAAGGACCCGUACCAAACGAUGGAAGUAUUCGAUUUGCAAUGCAACGUAAAUCGUCACAAAGUUGCUAUCAAACGUUUGUUCCGAUGAACUCAUGCGUCAAAGACAAAGGCUAUCCAGUUGGCAUGGUCUGCACGAUUUGCUGUGAGUGCAGUGCAUCGUUCGUUAGUGAAAUGCAAAAUUCACGAGGCUUUAAAAUUGUAUUGAGCAUUCCAACUAUACAGACAAGAUUUGAUAAAUAA